GCAGCUCAGUCACACACCAAGGAGGGAAAGACAGAAAAAAAUGAUCGUGCGGAAAAGCUGACAGAACAAACCAGCGCGCAAGACAAUCCGAGGGGUGAUCUCCGAUGCGAGCUAUAAGUUCUGUGGCAGAGGUGUCUUAAUACCGGAGAGCGGAUCUCCUGGGCAGGAAAGCAUCAACUUCAGCUUAUGUGUGUUCUUUUCCCUCUGAUGUUCAUGCCUCGCAGUUUCUCUUCCAACAGGAAACAUUUCAUGGGGAGGGAUUGUUACUUCUUGCAGGCGACAUGGGAUUCCCAGGAAGAGUAGUGAGACUCCACAAUAAACAGCCAGGUAGGAAUUUGCCACUCAUCUGUUGCACUAAAGCGAAGCUACAAGCGCUGUCUUCUUGGCUGGAAGUGUUGAAGACCACCUAAACUGGGGGACGGUAUCUGAAAGAUGAAGAGAAUAACAUAGAUACGGGGAAAAGUGGAUGAGGUGGGCGACUGCAAAAAAAAAUCUUAAAUGGAUUUAAUUUAUAAAUGGAAUUGAAAUGUGCCCUGAUAACAGUUGAAGUAAAAACGCUGGAUAGCAACGCAUGCAUAUAAACCAAAGACAAAGUAUUAGAAUGGCAUAAAAUAUGGCCCAGUUCUAUUACAAAAGAAGCGUCAAUGCCCCUUACAGAGACCGCAUCCCUCUUCGCAUAGUGCGAGCAGAGUCUGAACUCUCCCCUGCCGAGAAAGCCUACUUGAAUGCUGUGGAGAAAGGAGAUUAUGCUAGUGUGAAGAAAGCUCUGGAGGAAGCCGAAAUUUAUUUCAAGAUCAAUAUUAAUUGCAUUGAUCCUCUUGGAAGAACAGCUCUCCUUAUUGCAAUUGAAAAUGAGAACCUGGAGCUCAUUGAGCUGCUCUUAAGCUUUAAUGUGUAUGUCGGAGAUGCUCUGCUGCAUGCCAUACGAAAGGAGGUAGUUGGAGCUGUGGAACUUUUAUUAAAUCACAAAAAGCCGAGUGGGGAGAAACAGGUGCCACCAAUACUGCUGGAUAAGCAGUUCUCAGAAUUCACACCAGACAUUACACCCAAUUUGGCUGCCCAUACGAACAAUUAUGAGAUCAUAAAACUUCUUGUACAGAAGGUUUCCGUACCUAGACCACAUGAAGUUCGCUGCAACUGUGUUGAAUGCGUCUCAAGCUCGGAUGUGGACAGCCUUCGCCAUUCUCGAUCCAGACUUAACAUUUACAAAGCUCUGGCAAGUCCAUCUUUGAUUGCGUUGUCCAGUGAGGAUCCUUUCCUUACAGCAUUUCAACUGAGUUGGGAGCUUCAGGAACUGAGUAAAGUGGAAAAUGAGUUUAAGUCAGAAUACGGACUCUCGCAUCAAUGCAAGCAAUUUGCAAAAGACCUCCUAGAUCAGACACGGAGUUCCAGGGAACUGGAAAUUAUUCUAAAUUACAGAGAUGACAAUAGCUUGAUAGAAGAAAUGAAUGGUAAUGAUCUUGCACGAUUGAAGCUGGCAAUUAAGUACCGACAAAAGAGGUAAUUUGUUGCCCAGCCCAACUGUCAGCAGCUGCUUGCAUCCCGCUGGUACGAUGAGUUCCCAGGCUGGAGGAGGCGGCACUGGGCAGUGAAGAUGUUGACAUGUGCUGUGAUUGGACUCCUGUUCCCUGUCUUCUCUGUGUGCUACCUAAUCGCUCCCAAAAGCCCAUUAGGGCUGUUCAUCAAAAAGCCAUUUAUCAAAUUUAUCUGUCAUACUGCAUCCUACUUGACUUUUCUGUUUCUGCUGCUCCUUGCCUCUCAGCACAUCGACAGGUCGGACUUGAACAUGCAGGGGCCACCACCAACUGUCGUCGAGUGGAUGAUAUUACCGUGGGUCCUGGGUUUCAUAUGGGGUGAAAUUAAACAGAUGUGGGAUGGUGGACUACAGGAUUACAUUCAUGACUGGUGGAACCUAAUGGAUUUCGUAAUGAACUCCUUGUACUUGGCAACAAUUUCUUUGAAAAUUGUUGCAUUUUCAAAGUAUAGUGGGUUACACCCACGACAAAGCUGGGAUAUGUGGCACCCCACAUUGGUGGCUGAGGCAUUGUUUGCUAUUGCGAACAUCUUUAGUUCCCUGCGCUUGAUCUCAUUAUUUACUGCAAAUUCUCACUUGGGUCCUCUGCAAAUAUCUCUAGGAAGAAUGUUACUGGACAUUUUAAAGUUUCUAUUCAUAUACUGUCUCGUGCUGCUAGCUUUUGCAAAUGGGUUGAACCAGCUGUACUUCUAUUAUGAAACAAAUGAACCCAACAGCUGCAAAGGAAUACGGUGUGAAAAGCAGAAUAAUGCAUUUUCAACACUAUUUGAAACACUACAGUCAUUAUUCUGGUCUAUAUUUGGUCUCAUCAAUCUGUACGUGACUAAUGUAAAAGCACGACAUGAGUUUACUGAGUUUGUUGGGGCCACCAUGUUUGGAACCUAUAAUGUCAUCUCGCUGGUUGUUCUACUCAACAUGUUAAUAGCCAUGAUGAAUAACUCUUACCAGCUCAUUGCUGAUCAUGCAGACAUCGAAUGGAAGUUUGCUCGAACAAAGCUUUGGAUGAGUUACUUUGAAGAAGGAGGGACUCUGCCCACUCCCUUCAAUGUUUUACCAAGCCCCAAGUCACUCUGGUAUCUGAUCAAAUGGACAUGGAGACAUCUGUGCAAGAAAAAGAUUAGAAGGAAACCCGAAAGUUUUGGAACUAUAGGGAGGCGUGCAGCUGAUAAUUUGAGGAGACACCAUCAAUACCAGGAAGUGAUGAGAAAUCUUGUUAAGCGAUACGUUGCCGCAAUGAUAAGAGAUGCCAAAACUGAAGAAGGACUCACAGAAGAGAAUUUUAAGGAGUUAAAGCAAGAUAUUUCCAGCUUUCGUUUUGAAGUCCUGGGUUUGUUGAAAGGAAACAGACUUUCUAAUUUGCAAACUUCAAAAAUCAACAAAGAAGCCUCUUCUUUGUUAGAGACUGAUGAAAACUGUGAGAGUGGAGGAAAGGAGAAAGUAAAGAAAAAGAACUUCAGCCUUUUUGACAUAACUACACUAAUUCAUCCAAGAUCAGCUGCUAUAGCCUCUGAACCACAUAACAUAAGCAAUGGAGCUGCACUGAUGGUGUCUGAGCCCAUAAAGGAGAAACAAAAAAGGGUGAACUUUGUAACAGACAUAAAAAGCUUUGGAUUAUUUCAUAGACGAUCAAAAACAAGCUCCCUGGAACUGAGUGCAAAUAAAAUAUACUCUGUGUCUGAAGAAGUUUCACAACAACAGGUGGAUGAACAAUGCGAGAAAACUACUGAACUGGAAGGGGAAAAAAUGGUCAUGAACUGUGAAUUAAGUGUUCAAGAUCUCAAUGAAAAGUGCAUGCUAACAAACAAUAAGCAAACCAACAGUGAGACUUUGGAUUCACAGCACGAGGAGAAUGAUUGUGCUGUGGAAGCCGAGAAGACAGAGGUACAGGACUCAGACCCCCCCACACCAGAUGAUUUGCUGGACAAGAAGUUGGACAUUACCAGUGACUCAGAAAUGAACGAAGAGACAGUUGUUCAGGAUGAUUAUGUAACAACGAGGUUGUGAUGAGAGUGGGAGUGAGCAUAUACAAAUAUAUAUAUUUUGCAUAGUGCUUUUUUGGGCAGGAUGUUUUAAAAGUUAUAUUAGAAAGUAUAGAAUUACACUUUAUAGUAUUCAACAACCAUGGCACAUGAACUUGUAACAUAAUUAGGUGAGGGAAAGACAAUAGAGGAACCUUCUGUUUUGUAGCCUGCUUUAGCUUUCACAAUUUGUUUUACAUUUUUUUAAUAAAUGGAAGCAUCUUGUAUUCUUGUACUGUUGCAAUAACCCACAGAAACUUUUUAGCUAUCUUUUUUCAAUUGAAACAAAUGCAAUUUCUCUCAUAUGAUAGUUGACUCCUAUGAUAAAUAUUUUUCUAUGCAAAUAAAAAGUAGCUUAAUCUUGUAAGCCUUUACUUAACUUCUUUAGUUCCUUAAAGAUAAUGGGCAGCAUAAUUAUCCAUAAGCAGUUUCUGUCAAUACAAUUAUUUAAAUGAGUAGAAAUUUGAUUUGCUUCAAAUGUUAUGGAAAUAAAUUAAAACAUAAUAUAUCAUUUAUUUAUUGAAAGAGUGUUAAUAACUGUACAUUAUGAAUAAUUUUCCUAUUUGGUUAUUUAAUUAUACUUCCCUGUCCCCCACAGAGUUAUGACUCUACUGAUGACAUUGUUACAAUUUAAUUUGCAAAAAAAUUGGGUUGUAUAAAAUGUUUUCUUUCUUAUAGUAAACAAAAUGUUUAUGGCUUGCUGCAAUUUUAUGACUGUUUAUUCCGAAAGCAAUCACAAUAAGUACCAGCUAUUAUUUCGCCAAACAUCUGCUUUUUCCAAAUGUGGGCAAACUAUGCACUUCAAUAUACAAUUGCUCAUUAGCUUCUGCCUGCAUAUUACAACUGCAUUUGCUAAGAGCAAGAUUACUUCAGAAAAAAAUCCUCCUAAAUAUUAGAAAAAUAUGACAAUCUGCUAGGAAUAUUUGAAAGGCAAACCUAACAGAGGUUUUCUGGAUCAUCACAGAGUUUUGGGGAACCUAAUGGAUGAUUUUAUACAAAAAUACAUAGACAUUCAAAUGUAUAAUAGA